AUGCCAGUGAGGUCAUGGACGACUAUGAUUGCCGGAUUCGUUCAGUGUGGGAAGCCAAAGGAGGCUAUUAGUCUUUUUACGCAGAUGGAAGAGGCAGGGUUAAGACCUAAUGUGGUAACGGUUGUGGCUGUUCUCACAGCAUGUGCUGAUUUGCGUGCAAUUGAUCUUGGCAGGAAGAUUCAUGAGUACUCUGAGCGAAGUGGCCGUGCAGCCCUCCUUCAAGAGGCAUAUGAGCUUAUUAUGAACAUGCCUAUUGAGCCGAAUGGAGUAGUGUGGGGAGAUCUCCCUUGUGGAUGUAAGGUCCACAUGAACAUUGAAAUGGCGGAAGAAGUAACCAAACACCUUCUUGAAUUGGACCCGCUAAAUGAUGGAUACUACACAGUUUUGUCAAACAUUUAUGCGGAAGCAAAGCGUUGGGAAGACGUGACAAGAGUGAGGAAGUUGCUGAGAGAUCGAGGGGUGAAGAAGACACCAGGUUGGAGUUCAAUUACGGUGGAUGGAGUGGUCCAUGAGUUUGUGGCUGGGGAUGAGACCCUGAGGAGAUAUUCCAGAGGUGACAUAAAUUAUUAGAAGAAAUGAGGUUGAAAGGAUAUGUACCAAACACUUCGGUGGUUCUGCUGGACAUGGAAGAAAAUGAGAAAGAAAAAGUUCUAUAUCACGAGAAAUUAGCAUUGGUUUUUGGUCUGAUUAACAUACCUACUGGAAAACCAAUCAGGAUUAUGAAGAAUCUUCGUGUUUGUGAAGACUGUCACACUACUUUGAAAAUUAUAUCAGAGAUUGUUAAUCGACAGAUAAUUGUCCGUGAUCAGAACCAGUUUCAUUGCUUUAAAGAUGGUUCUUGUUCAUGCAGGGAUUAUUGNUCCAAUAAUUGAGAUGUGCCUUUUUUCUGUAGUCAUGCUGCUGGUCAUAAAAAAAUAUGGAUAAUAUUUUGCAAUUUGCUUUUCUCUUGGUAGGGACUGGUUAAACUCAGAACUCUUCAAGUAAUAGUCGCCCUGGUUGUAGGCAAUUCUGAUGCUGUUGACAAGUGGUGGUGGUGUUGGUGGCUGCUUAUUCUUUUCCCAGUUGCUAAUGCUGAGAUUUUGGAAGACAAACUUCCCACAAACGAAGCUAACAUGUGAUAAAACAUUAUCCAUGCGAGCAUGGGGUUGUACUUUGUGGGGUGACAUGAUGUAUUAUUUAAAGGGUUGCUUUCUAUUGUUAAAUAUUACAGUUGCUUUAGAUAGAAACUUGAUAUUUUCUUUAUUGAACUGUGAAAGUUUCCAGGAUCUGUAGGCGAUUGAAACACUGUUCUUUUCAAAUGUUUUGCACCAU